AUGCCAAUGAUCAACUUGUUAUCGGAUCCCGAUUUCGUUAACAGAACCAUAGCUUGGUUUGCAUCAGAGAGUGCCUAUACGAGUGAGUAUUUCUGCCAAGCACUACGCAUGUCUGAAAGCACUGAAGAGAUAGACGUUGUCAUUCGUCAGCUAAAUAGUUUCAUGGAUAAACUUCGGGGUCACGACACUGGUGGUGAUGAUGAUGCUCUUAUUAAAGCGCAACUUGGAAGUCUCGAUUAUGUCAGAAAAAUAUGUUUAAUUCGUCGAAGACAAAUUCAAGAAGGUGUAGCUGAAAAACCCGGACGUGUAUUAGCUUAUCACUUACAACCGGAUGCACGAAUUUAUGAUAUGUCAUUUCAAGAACUGAUGACUAAAAGUGUUGCAGUUGUUAGCUUUUUAGAUUUUCUGGCUUCCAUAAAUAAACAUUCAUUACUUCGAUUGUAUUUAAAUUGUGUGAGUUUCCGUGAAGGCGUCAGUAAAUUGAUACCCAACGCAACUCUUAAUCAAAAUAUUGAUCCUUCAGUGUUGGCUCUUGCUGAAGCUUCACGAAUGGAGACUAUUACUUCUGAUAUGUCAACUAGUAUUAUAACUGAAGAUUUAUGCUUAAAUCCUGCAAAUCCAAUUGACAUUAUUAAUACCGAUGAAGAAUCUCUAUCAGUCUCAAAUUCUCCUAAUUUUGAAGGCACACAAACUGAAGUUGCAUCCAGUUUGUGUGACAAUCAGAAAGAUCUAAUUGAAAAAGCAGAUUCAAUAACAACAUCUUUAGAUGAAGGUGGACAGCGAAACACAAUGGUCAUAAAUGA